AUGACAACCAGCACCGGAGCUUCUAGAUUUAGGACAAUAUCUCAGAUUUGCAAUCACAUUAAACAAUUCAAAGAGAAUGACAUGAUUACGCUCCAGAACACCAAGGUAUCCCAAGAUAAUGAUCCCUCUGACGACGACAUCGACGAGGACGAAGAAAAGCGUAAAGAUGAGAAAAAGCUGGAUACCGAAGUAAUUGAAAGCGUACCCAAAAAGUUUCGUCAAAAAACUGCACUUAUUAUACAACGACUGCGCACUUCAGGUAACUUUGAGUGGAGCAAUGAACAUACCGUCAUCAUAGGUGGCGGUCUCAUACCACAGUCGAACAUUGUCGAUCUGAUGGUUCCAGCUGACGUGACCUUGCACAAUGUUGCACGAGCACAAGAAAACAUAAAGCAACGUUAUGACAGACAUAUUUAUAGAAAUCCAAAAUACAACAUUGGAAAUUUAGUUCGUAUCAGUAAGACGAGAAGUGUCUUUGCCGAAUGUUAUAAAAGCGGUUGGACUUUAGAGUUGUUUAGAAUUGUACGUAUCUCUUGCACGCGACAACCUCCAGUUUAUUUUCUCAGAGAUUUGGCUGAUGAAGACAUUGACGGUUUCUUUUACGAGGAAGAGUUAAGCAGAGUCAACAGUAGCAUGCAGUAUGAUCCUGAUAAUACUACUACGCACUACUUGACAAGAUUACCUCAGCAAAUUAGUUUGCAAGGUCAAUAG